UCCCAGAAUUUGUUCUGUCACAACCUAACCUCAAACCCGAUCUAAAAAGUAAAAACAAAAAAAGUCGUUCCGAAAUGACUCGUCAUGCCCGUAAUUGUACAGCGGGGGCUGUUUAUACGUACCACGAGAAGAAAAAGGAUGCUCAGGCCUCCGGCUACGGCACCAAUUCCCAAAGACUGGGGAAAGACUCCAUCAAAGACUUCGACUGUUGCUGUCUCUCCCUGCAGCCCUGCCGGAACCCCGUAAUCACGAAAGAGGGCUUCCUCUUCGACAAGCAAGUCAUUCUUGAGUACAUCAUCGCCAAGAAGAACGAAAACAGCCGCAAACUCAAAGAGUACGAACGACUCAAAAGGAAAGAAGAUGACUUAAAUUUGGACAAAGCGGCUGCUGAAACCAGUCGAAAAGUCGACGAAUUCUUGAAGGGUGAGAAUAGUAUCGUGAGUAAAGGGAAAUCUUCGCGGGGAGAACCCUCCUCGAUUUCCAAUAUGGCAGUUGGAAGGGACAAAGAAUUGCCGAGUUUUUGGGUACCGUCGAAGACCCCAACAGCUGAGAAAGCCAAGUUGCAGAAACCGGAUAGUGUUAUUCCGUGCCCCAUGUCCGAGAAGCCGUUGAAAGUGAAGGAUUUGAUUGAUGUGAAGUUUACGCCGGUUAAGGAUUCGGAAGCGAAGUCUUUGAUUACGAAGGAGAGUAGGUACAUGUGCGCGGUUACUCACGAUGUGUUGAGUAAUUCAGUCCCGUGUGCUGUUCUCAAACCCACUGGAGACGUCGUCACUUUGGAAUGUGUGGAGAAAAUUAUCAAAAAGGAUUGGAUUCAUCCGUUGACGGAGCAGAAAUUGAAGGAGAAAGAUAUUAUUGUAAUGCAAAGAGGUGGCACUGGAUAUGCUCAAACCAACGCAGAGUUGGAAGCCAAGCAAGAACGUCCAGCGCUUCAGGCAUAAAUUAUUUUCCACUCUCUAAUACAAUUAAACUACAUUAAUUUACAAUAAGAAAACAUCGUUGUUAAUAAUUUUAGCCACUUUAUCGUAAUUCAUGUUUAUAUUAUUCUUUGUAAGCAAUGAGGUGUACAAAUAAAAUAAUAAAACACUGAAAAA